AUUUUCCAAGUCAUCAGAGAGACAAAACAAAUCGACUACGUUGUUCUUCUCUCUUUCUUGUUAGAGAGAGAGAGUCAAGGACAGAGAAACAGCCGUCAUCGUAUCUCGGAAUCUUUCACAACAGCUUUUCCUGCUACAAAGCUCUCAGCUUUCUGAUUCAAACUCCAGCUUUUUGGGUUCAAGUUUCAGUCUUUUUCACUUGGGAUUGCAGAAGAGCCCUAUGAUUGGUUUUAAGGUGAAUUGUAGCCAGAACAGGGUCAAAAACCUCCUUAUUGUGCUUCUGCUAUGUCGGCAAUGAAGAAUAAGUUUGUGGGAGGUGGCUGAGAAGAAACUAGUUUGCACAUUUGAUAUACAGACAAUAAUGAACAUGUACCCUGCUCUAUUUAUAUUCUGAUCAGAUCCAAAUAGAUGAGUAACUUGGGGACUUCCAAAGCUAUGUCUUCAGCAUUUCCACAUCUCCCUGCCCCUCUUGAUGUCAAUUAUUCCAGAUUGCCAGAUUCUUUUCAGGUUUCCGCACAAAGAGAAAAGCCUAUGCAUUCAAUGUUACCACAGUCUUCUUCCCUUGGGAACUCAUUUCCAUCAUCGUCCAGGCUUCCCUGUGACAGUCAGAUUUCUUCAUUUUACCCUCAUGAAAGACAUUCCCAAAUUUCUCCAAUCAAUAAGUUACCAAGUGGAGAAUCACUGUCACUGACCCAUUCACAGUUACAAUCUACACCAGUGGCUAGUUACCCUGAGCAAAAUAAAGAUAUUUCCUGGUGCCCAGAUUCAAUUCAGGAGUUUCUGCACUUUCCUGAAAAUCUCCCUGAUCAGAAUGGCCUGGUAGAUACUAGUACUGGUGUCAUAAUGUCUGAUGAUCAUGCUGAAAAGACUGAUUGGUCUGACUUGUAUCCAUUAAUUUCUUUUGAUGGUCCUCUGGAUCCAUAUUGGGAGCUUUCGAUUGAUGAUGUUCCUGCAGUGGAUCCCAAACCGGAGGUGUUGAAGCAUUCUUCUGAUAUCCCGGUGCAGCAGCCCGAGAUUCAACAGCAUCAGCCAGUACAAUCUGGAGAAAUUUUUACGAGCCCUGACCCAGUGUCCACUGCACCUUCAACCAAAGCUAGAAUGCGUUGGACACAAGAACUUCAUGAGGCCUUUGUUGAAGCUGUCAACCAGCUUGGUGGUAGUGAAAGAGCCACUCCUAAGGGUAUCUUAAACGUCAUGAAGGUUGAAAGCUUGACAAUCUAUCAUGUAAAAAGCCAUUUACAGAAAUAUAGAACAGCCAGAUACAAACCAGAGUCAUCAGAAGGAACUUGUGAGAAGAAUCUGACUUCUGUUGAAGAAAUGAAUUCUAUAGACUUGAAAACGAGCAGUAUGGGGAUUACUGAAGCAUUGCGGUUGCAGGUAGAACUCCAGAAGCAGCUUCAUGAACAACUUGAGAGUCAAAGAAAGUUGCAGUUGGAAAUUGAGGAACAGUCAAAGUACCUUGAAAAGAUGUUUGAGCAACAAAGGAAGAUGGAAGACAACAGGGUCAAGCCGACAUCAUCAACGUCAGAUGAGCAUAAUAAAAUAGGAACCAGCGCUCCUGUGGAUGAAGGUUCACAAGAUGCAAGUAUGAAACAGAAGGCGCAAGAAUCUGAAACUCAUGAGACUCAUGAUCCUCCAGGUGAUGCCGAUUCUGGUGCCGUCCCCACAAAACGAGCAAGGACUGGAUGAAAAGGAAUAUUGCUGCUCCAGGGGUUGUAUCGCCUUUUCGAAGCUUUGAUAGACAGCAUGUAUUUAUGGUAGGAUGAACCAAGCGGACUCAAAUCAGGAAACCGUUAAGAGUUUAAGUUUCUUAUUCAAAUUAUCUAAACAUUGACAUGUUUGCUUUUAUUCAAAAGUGAAGACUGGUUUUGGUUGCUUAAACUUUAGUCUCUGAGUUUCCUGAUUGUAUUCUCUGACUAGGUAUGAAUUCUUCUUGGUUGAUGGAAUAAUGUUCCAAUCAAUGUAUUGAUGUUUUCCCUCAA